ACUGAAGGUCGUCAAACAGACACACGAACGUUGCUAUCGCUACCACGAUUUGACCCCGCGGACAUCCCAAGCCCCGGGGGUUUCCCUUCCUUGCUGACCGCACUGGCUCGAGCCUGCUUAAACCCAGCGAUCGAUUUGAGGCGCCAUUCGAUUGAUACGAGCCAACAUGACCGGUUGAUUACAGGUCUCUUUUACUCCUAGAGUGUGUCUGAGUACGUCGUGUGUUGCUGUCUGGUACAUCGAGUGAUCUUCACAACUACCCGCAACACCGUAGCUGGAUGCUGGAAGGACGGAUCAGUCCUCGUGUAGACCCAGUCUUGAUAGGAAUACUUGGUGAACAAGAGUUAAACGUUUCAUUUAUAAUCUACCGUGCACAUCUUAAAGGUCCUCUAAAAAAAAAGAAACUAACGAUGGUAAUAACAGGAAGUGUUUGGGAUGCAGUGAUCAAAGUGUCCUGUUUUGCACUCCUUAUUGCCGGAUGUUGCUCUCUUCCGGCUAAUGAUCCGGUGGGCAGACAGCAGAACAACAACUCAACGGAGUUCUUUGCGUAUCCUGCCGAACAGUCGGCUGUGGAAUCUAAACAAAAUGCUCGUAACCGAACCCCUAUUUUCAUUCCGAAACGAUGCCAAGAAAAUGAAAUUCUUUACCCAGGGGAUCAUGAGAAUGACUGGGUUUGCGAUUGUAAGCCAACGUACAUUUAUCAUCCUCAAAGCGGAAAAUGCUAUCAGAUGUACACCCAGGGAUACUGCGAAUCGGGCAAGAUAUUGUACAUUGAACGAGAUGGAAAAUUACCCCAAUGUAUACCGAACGAGUGCAAGGAUGGGCAGGUUAAAUUCGGGGAGCAUUGCGGUGUUCUCAAUGCCGAGCACAAAAGUUGUCUUUUGGCCGGACUGAAGCUGGUUAUCGGCAUCAAUGAACAUACACACCAGCUGGAGUGUGUGAAUAUUUCCGGUGUCACCGUCAAUAGUACUUUGAUCAACAAUAAUCGACCAUCGCUUAACGCGACUGGCUAGAGGAGAAAUUUUCAUUGCGAUAACGAUACUAAAUACAACGAUUUGAUUCCAUUCAUUUCAAAGUGUCCUUGUUCGAUGUCCUUGCGAAGUACGCAUUUCAUCACUGUGCAAAGUAUUCAACCAGCUCAGCUAGAAGUUACAGUCGUUGCGGUUUUCGCCGCAAAGAGGGUGCGAAAUACGUCAAAUUUUCUGCUUCAAUGUUGCAGAACGAUCCAGGAUACUAGGUUCGGGUUUGUUAGGAUAAAUAACGUAGACAAAUUGUCUCUACAAUGCAGAUGAAAAUUAAGUUUUGUUAUUUCUUGUCAAAAUAUUCGUUGAGUCAAUAAAAAACGGAAUAUCUGUGAGAAA